AUGCUCCACCUCAAUAAGGAUGGUGCUAGUGACUUGACGUUGGCGUCCAAGUCGGAGGAAAUCGUAUGGAAAGUUCUUGUGAUGGACCGUACAUCACAGGCGGUGAUUUCGUCUAUUUUACGUGUGAAUGAUUUGUUAAGAUGUGGAAUCACCGUUCAUGCGGUGAUCCUGGCUCAGAGAUCGCCUUUACCAGAUGUUCCUGCCAUUUACUUUGUGGAGCCAACUGUUGAGAACGUAUCGAUAAUCAUCGACGAUUUGCAGGCUGAUAAGUACGAAAGUUUCUAUAUUAACUUCACCCUGAGCAUCAAUAGAGAGCUCUUAGAAGAGUUUGCCAAAAAGGUGUCGUUAUGUGGAAAAGGUGCCAAAAUAAAACAGGUGUACGAUCAGUACUUGGAUUUUAUUGUCACCGAGCCAAACUUGUUUUCACUUGACAUGCAGAGCACUUUCACGAAAUUCAACAACCCACUGACGAGCGAAGAUGAUAUCCAUGGCAUUGCCAGAGACAUUGCGGAUGGAUUGCUUGCGAGCUUGAUCACCAUGGGCUGCGUACCAAUUAUUCGGUGUCCGAAGAACGGCCCAGCAGAACUUGUUGCCACACAGUUGGAUUUGAAAUUGCGUGACUACAUCAGCAACUCACGUAACUCCGUGAGCCAUCCUAUUCAGCAAAGACCGGUUUUGAUUUUGUUGGAUAGAAACAUUGACUUGGCCUCAAUGUUCUCACACUCCUGGAUUUAUCAGUGUAUGGUCAGCGACGUGUUUGAGUUGCGUCGUAACACUAUUAAGGUGGCAAAAUACGGUGAUUCUGAUAAGCCCCAGAUCAAAAGCUACGAUGUGGAUCCCAAGGACUUUUUCUGGAAUAAAAACGCACAAUUACCGUUUCCAGAUGUGGUGGAAAAUGCAGAUUUGGAAUUAGGGUUGUACAAGAAAGAGGCACAAGAGUUGACUCACAAGACAGGAAUCACGUCGUUGAAUGAUAUUGACCCCAACGCGAAUACUGACACAUCCCUUAUCCAACAAGCCGUGGAAGCAUUGCCCGAGUUGACCGCAAGAAAGACAACUUUGGAUAUGCAUAUGGAUGUUUUGGCUUCUUUGCUAAAGGAGUUGGAGGCACGUUCGUUGGAUAAGUUCUUUGAAAUCGAGCAGAACUAUAAUGACCCAAAGAUCCAGCUGGAGUUCUUGGACCUUUUAAAAUCUGACUCCAAGAGAGAUAACGCUGCUGACAAGUUCAGAACAUUCUUGAUUUUAAAUUUAUUGUCAGACUUACCAUCCAGCUUCACCUCCGACUGUGAGCAGAUAUUCGCCUCUAAAUACCCCGAGAUUGAUAUGAGUGCUUACAAAUACAUUACGAAGUUCAAGCACAUCUUGAACUUAUCGAAGAACAUCACAUUGAAUGAUCAGGCUGCAACUAACAAACAUUCACUCAACCAGAAUAAUUCGGCGCUCUUCAACGGUUUGUCUUCCAAAUUAUAUGGUUUCACUGAGGGCAGAAUCUCUGAAGGAAUCAGCUCAUUGGCUACUGGCUUGAAGAAACUCUUACCUGAUAAGAAGAACCUUCCAAUUACCAACAUUGUGGAAGCAAUCAUGGAUCCUGCUCAUGCGUCCAACAAUCUGAUGCAAAUCACUGAUGAAUAUUUGUAUUUGGAUCCCAAAUCCCGUGGUGGCCACGCUAAACCUCCUAAGAGGCAGUCAUAUGACGAGGCAGUUGUUUUCGUUGUUGGCGGAGGAAAUUACUUGGAGUACCAGAACUUGACGGAAUGGGCCAACCAACCUUCUGGAACUCCAAAGUCGAUCGUUUACGGAAGCACGGAUAUCGUCACGGCAAAGCAGUUCUUAGCCGAAAUCUCCACUCUCGGGAAAUUGGAAGCAUAG